GAAGGGAUGGAUGGUUCCAGAAGGAAGUGGCGAGCAGGUGAGUCCGCGCGCGGAAAGCUAUCGACUUAUGAGAGUGCAUGACUCAAAUCGAUCCGAUGGAAGAAUUAUAAUUACGCGAAAAUGGCAUUCUUAAGGUCAGUCGCAACAACCACGACUGCCAUAGCUGCUUCUGCAAUUCCUGCAGCUUUCGCCUUUUCAGCUCUUUCAUCAUCGCCAUCCUCUUCCUCCCAAUCUCCCAAAGUCCCACACCUUCCCUUCCUCUCCAUUUCUCAAUCGCUCCGCUUCGGUCUUCUCAGGACAUUUGCUAACCCCGGCCCAGCUCUCCACAUGGACGCCCCAACCUCUCAACACAGCCCUUCUUCUCAGGCCGAUGCUGUUUUGCCGGAUUUACUGACGGAAUACAUGGUGGAUAUGAAAUGUGAAGGCUGUGUUAAUGCGGUCAAGAAUAAACUACAGUCAGUAAAUGGAGUGAAGAACGUUGAAGUGGAUCUGAGUAAUCAGGUUGUUAGGAUUCUUGGUUCCACACCAGUGAAGACGAUGACUGAAGCUUUGGAACAGACUGGCAGAAGAGCCCGAUUGAUUGGACAAGGGGUGCCUGAAGGUUGGCCUGUUAAAUUCUCGAUGUUAUUGUAUGCCUAUUAGUUGCCAAUUUGAUAAUAUUUUUCUUUUAGAGUGAUAAUUUUCUGUAUGAUCUUAUUUUGUUAAGUAUAUACAUCACAUUAGAUUGUAAAAGCACCAGUUUGAAGGCUUGGGCAAUCGUUAGAUAU